UUGGCCAGACCGGGCUGCGGUAGCUCCUGGGAUGCUGCUAAUGGAGCAGCAUCCUGCAGAAACCUCAGGACCUAACUGGAGACCUCACUAGACGGUCACUGACAGCCAGGACUCGGGGCAAAGGAGAUGGAUGUGGGAAAGCGGUUAUGGACAAAUUAUGUCGGCCGAAAGUUAAAACAAGUCGUCAUACAAGAAAACAGUUUGUGAGUGGUUAGAUAGUCUGGGACUUCGGAGGCUUUUACAAUAGAAGGAUCUUUCACAUCUUCUUUGGACCUUCGGAGUCUAACUGAUAAUACUUGGGAGGUAGCGAAUGAAAUGUCUUCUUUACUUUUGGGGAGAGGGGGUCACCAUUUACUGCCCGAAAAAUUGAGUUGGCUAAUUGAAUUUCAUAUGCACACGAGGAAUGUUAGCAUGGUCCUGAUUAAUAAUAGUAUAUGUUUAUUUAUAUUAAUUAUUAAUCUAAACAUUUAAAAGAGCCUCUCCUCCCCAUGUAGCCCAGGCUGUUCCUUCUAUCUCAGUCUUUCAAUAUGGUCCCAGCACAGGAUGGUUUCUGUCAGGACAUUUUCUAAGUGAUAAUCACUGCCUUUCAGUAACAGCUCAUUCUCAGAAACUUCAGUUCCCACUUAACCAACAGCUAUGAAAAGGGGAGAUUGUCAUUCCCUAAAAACACAGCAGCAGCACAUCCUACUUCUUCGAAGACCAUUGCCUCCAAAGCUCCCUAAGUUGCCUUCAAGUAAGAAGAAAUUUCAUACAGCUACCACUAGUGAAUCUGAGCAGCCCCAUAUACAAUUCCCGGAGGAUGAAAGCACUUUAGUAAAAAGCGACGAGUGUGUUUCUCAAGCACAGAGACCAAUCAGUAUUCAAAGCCUCUGUCUUGAUCAUGAAUAUAAGGCACUGGAAAGAGCAUCUAACAUUUUACCAUAUCCACGCAGCUGGAAGAUUCCACGUAGCGCUGCCGGUUCCAUGUUCAUUCCAAGUUGUCUGUCGGCAUCUUCUCGAGUUUUUAGGAAAAAACUACGCAAAAUGAAAAGAGCCAGAAAGAAGUCCAAGAAAAAGCACAAAAGGGAACCAUUAUUUGUGGAUAAAUCAUUUAACAACCUUUUAGUUCUUCCCACCCAAUUUUCCAAGCCUGUACCCGAUUCUUACUCUAGGCUUAUAACUUCUAAACUUAAGAGACCAAGUGUUGAUUCUCACCCUGUACCGAAGACUGCAGACUAUACUCAAGAACUUCCUCUUCUGGGAGAUGUAACUGAAACACUGCUCAGCCCUAUACCCAGCGCUUCAUCUAUAGUGCCUGAGCCACAGUGGUCUGAACGACCACCACGCCACACCGCAACACUUAAACAAGUGGUACUGAAAAUCACCGCUCUUCCGGCAUUCCAUACCCUGCCGUCAGCCGCUUUACCCAGAAGACCUCUGAGACAGAUCGCAAUAGAAAAUGCUGCAGAGUGUGGAAAGGUAGAAGCUCCCAAACCACCUGAUCAUGCUUUCAUUGGAACCAUGAGAAAACUAGACACAGAUGCCUAUGUCUUACGAGGGGAAGGCUUUAAGACUAUUGCAGCAACACGCUAUGACACAAUAAUAGCAAUGACCACCCUGGCCAUAAUAAAUUGCCAGAUAUACGGAAGAAAUGCACUUAGUCUUAAGGGAUUCUUUCUUCUGUACUGUCCAGACUUAACACCUCUGACUUUUCAAUUGAUAUACCUUAAUUUAUCAUUUAAUGACCUCAACAGAUUUCCUAUGGAAAUAUUUUGUCUUAAAAAUCUACAGGUACUGAAAAUGAGAAAUAAUCCUAUCAGAGAAAUUCCUUCUGAAAUCCAACAAUUGAAGUUACUUAGGAUUUUCUCCAUUGCCUUUAAUCUUAUUACAGAACUUCCUUUGGGGUUAUUUUAUCUGCAUUAUCUUGAGGAACUUGAUGUUUCCUACAAUGAAAUUCAUAAUAUUCCAAAUGAAAUCCAGAAACUCAGAUCACUUGAGAAGCUGAAUGUUGAUGGGAAUUAUAUGACUUCUUUUCCACCUGGGAUUUUAAGGCUUAAGUUGACCAAACUACAGUUUGAUAAUACAUUCACUAAUAGUAAUUUUUGGAUAGAUUAUUGCUGGAAUGACCCCCAACCACUAACUCAAAUUUGUUCUUUGUUCAUUGUCAAAAAUAAUCUGCAUAAAAUUCCUGGUUUCAUUCCAAAGAAAGUUCAAAAGUAUCUAAGAAGCACAUCCAGGUGUGACUGGUGUCAUGGUCCCAAGUUUGGUGAAGGGUUUCGCAUCAUCCGGUCCUGUGAUAUGUUUGGAGCAACGCAGAUUCCUAUUAUGUUCUAUGUCUGCUCUACUUCCUGCUAUGUGGACAUGAGGGAAAGCAGUUUUGUUUUAGAAGGUUUUCCUUGUAGAAGAAUAGUUCUAAAUAUGGACUGGAUAAAAGAAGGGGAACUUAGUGAUGUACCAUUUUAUGUGUAAAGUCCACGAACAUUUUAUGUAAUAAGUAACUCAUCUCUUAAGAGCACAGUUUCCAUGUGGAGACCUACAGGUCUUUCUCCACUGAGUUCUCUCCAUGAUCCUUCUUCUCAUGAAAGUCUAAUUAUUAGGAAUCAUUGCAGAAUUGUGACUCAAGGACUAGAAAAGGCCUUUGGAGUUCAGUGAGGAUCUUGAGAAUUUCCCAGGGAACAUGUUUACAAUAAGAAAAAAAAAUGUUCAAAACAUUUGCGAAAAGGACUGUAUCUUACAUCUUGUCUUCUCACGAACCCAUAUUCAGUGACAGGCCAGCAGCUCGAAGUCAUCACAGAGAACUAUGUUGCAUGAGGCUGCAAAGUGAUGUAUCCAGGUAUCCAAUGUUAGUUUGUGCAUUUCUGUGAAAACAUGUCCAUUGCCAACCAUCUCAAUUGAUUUUCUUUUGAGAAUAAAAGAUUAUUUCCAAAUCGA